GGAAGAUCCGAAGCCAAUUGUAGUGGCUGGAAUCAACAACAUGGCUCGGCCAUUCUUGUUCUUCCACCUCGCAUUCGCCUUGUGCUUCUUGCUGGUCAGAUACCUGUUGUCGGCUGACGCAGCCGUCGUUGAGCACACCUUCCAUGUGGGCAACCUGAGCGUGGAGCUGCUGGGGCAGAGCCAGGUGAUCACGGCGGUGAACGGGCAGUUCCCGGGCCCCAAGAUCGAGGCCCGCGACGGCGACACCGUGGUGGUGCACGUCGUCAACCUCUCGCCCUACAACAUGAGCAUCCACUGGCACGGCAUCCUGCAGCGCCUCUCCUGCUGGGCGGACGGCCCCAACAUGGUGUCGCAGUGCCCCAUCCGCCCCGCCGGCGGCCGCUACACGUACCGCUUCAACGUCACCGGCCAGGAGGGCACGCUGUGGUGGCACGCCCACGUCUCCUUCCUCCGCGCCACCGUCUACGGCGCGCUGCUCCUCCGCCCGGCGCCGGGGGCCAGCUACCCUUUCCCCAGGCCCCACCGCGAGGCCACCAUCCUGCUCGGCGAGUGGUGGAACGCCAGCGUCGUCGACGUCGAGCGCCAGGCCCUCCUCGCCGGCGGCGCGCCCAACAUCUCCGUCGCGCUCACCAUCAACGGCCUCACGGCCGGUGGCUACCAGCUCGCCGUGGAGCGCGGCAGGACCUACCUGCUCCGCAUCAUCAACGCCGCGCUCAACUACCAGCUCUUCUUCAAGGUCGCCGCCCACUCCUUCACCGUCGUCGCCGCCGACGCCUGCUACACCGACCCCUACCACACCGACGUCGUCGUCGUCGCGCCGGGGCAGACGGUGGACGCGCUCAUGCGCGCCGACGCCCACCCGGGCCGCCGCUACUACAUGGCGGCGCAGGUGUACCAGAGCCUCGCCAACGCCACCUACAGCGCCACCACCACGGGCCUCGUCACCUACUACCAAGGACGGCGACGACGACAGCCUCCGCCGCCGCCGAUGAUGCCCGGCAUGCCGGCGUUCAACGACAGCGCCACCGCGCAGCGCUUCUACGCGAGCCUCACCGGGCUGCUGCAGGACGGCGGCGCCCCGACGGUGCCGCUCCACGUGGACACGCGGAUGCUGGUGACCUUCGGCCUGGGCGUCACGCCGUGCGCGCCGGCGCAGACGCUGUGCAACCGGACGCGGGGCUCCGUGGCGGCCAGCAUGAACAACGUGUCCUUCCAGUUCCCCACGGCCAUGUCGCUGCUGGAGGCGCGCAUGCGGCGGGAAGCCGGCGGCAUGUACACGCGCGACUUCCCCGACCGGCCGCCGGUGAUGUUCGACUUCACCAGCGCGGCGGCGAGCGCCGACCCGGCGGUGAUGGCCACGUCCAAGGGGACCAAGGUGAAGGCGCUGCGGUACGGGGAGACGCUGGAGGUGGUGCUGCAGAACACCGCCAUCCUGGGCGCCGAGAACCACCCGCUGCACCUCCACGGCUUCAACUUCUACGUGCUGGCGCAGGGCGUCGGCAACUUCAACGCGCACCGCCAUGUGCGCACCUACAACCUUGUCAACCCACACCAGCGCAACACCGUCGCCGUCCCGGCCGGCGGAUGGGCGGCCAUCCGCUUCACCGCCGACAACCCCGGCAUGUGGAUCAUGCACUGCCACCUGGAUGCGCAUCUGCCCUUCGGCUUGGCCAUGGCCUUCGAGGUGGACGACGGGCCCACCCCCGACACCGCUCUCCCGCCACCGCCACCGGACUACCCACAGUGCUAGUCAUCAGGAGGAACAAGGAAACCACGGCACAAGCUAGCUCCACGACCUGAUUCAUUCUUCUUUUUUCUGCUCAUUUUGUUUACAGACAGACAGAUUCUCCAAGGCAUGCACUUCAGUUGGGGCGUAAUAAUAAUGCUGCUAAGGGAACGAACAUAAACGACUUCUGAAAUAUAUAGCAAGAAAUGGGCCCAACAGCUUGCUAGUCAAA